AUGUCGGUUUCUGCCAUUGCCCCCAGACGGAAGAGACUUGCAGAUGGCUUAAGUGUCACUCAGAAGGUGUUCGUAAGGUCCCGUAAUGGAGGCGCUACCAAGAUUGUAAGAGAACACUAUUUAAGGUCGGAUAUCCCAUGUCUUUCGAGAAGUUGUACCAAGUGUCCGCAAAUUGUUGUCCCCGAUGCUCAAAAUGAGUUGCCGAAGUUUAUCCUGUCAGAUUCCCCCUUAGAAUUAAGCGCACCCAUCGGCAAGCAUUACGUCGUGUUGGAUACCAACGUGGUAUUACAGGCGAUUGAUCUUUUGGAGAAUCCGAAUUGUUUUUUUGACGUUAUUGUCCCCCAGAUUGUCCUAGAUGAAGUGAGAAACAAAUCGUAUCCGGUGUACACGAGAUUGAGAACUUUAUGCAGAGAUAGCGACGAUCAAAAGAGAUUUAUCGUGUUUCAUAAUGAAUUUAGUGAACAUACGUUUGUGGAGAGGCUUCCAAAUGAAACUAUUAACGACAGGAACGAUAGAGCUAUCAGGAGAGUCUGUCAAUGGUACAGCGAGCACUUGAAACCCUAUGACAUUAACGUUGUUCUCGUUACCAACGACCGUUUGAAUAGAGAAGCUGCCACUAAGGAAGGGGACUUUAAUAUAAUAACCAAGAGUUUAGUACAGUAUGUCGACUUACUACCAAAUGCGGACGACAUCAGAGAUUCUAUUCCCCAGAUGGAUUCUUUCGAUAAAGAUCUUGAAAGGGACACAUUUUCAGAUUUCACGUUCCCGGAAUACUAUUCCACGGCAAGAGUAAUGGGUGGCUUGAAAAAUGGUGUUUUGUACCAAGGCAAUAUUCAAAUAUCAGAGUACAAUUUCCUAGAAGGUUCAGUGAGUUUGCCAAGAUUCUCUAAACCAGUGCUAAUUGUAGGGCAGAAAAACCUAAACAGAGCAUUUAACGGUGACCAGGUUAUCGUAGAACUGUUACCUCAAUCUGAAUGGAAAGCACCCUCAUCCAUUGUCUUGGAUUCUGAACAUUUCGACGUUAAUGAUAACCCUGAUAUUGGGGCGGGCGAUGACGAUGACAAUAAUGAGUCCUCUUCUAACACCACCGUGAUUUCAGAUAAGCAGCGCAGGUUGCUGGCUAAGGAUGCUAUGAUAGCUCAAAGAUCGAAAAAAGUUCAGCCCACGGCAAAAGUUGUAUACAUACAAAGAAGAUCCUGGAGGCAGUACGUCGGUCAACUAGCACCAAGUUCCGUUGAUUCACAAAGCAGUAGUACGCAAAAUGUCUUCGUUAUUUUGAUGGACAAAUGUCUUCCAAAAGUCAGAAUCAGAACAAGGCGUGCUGCUGAAUUGAUCGAUAAGAGGAUUGUCAUUUCCAUUGACUCGUGGCCCGCCACUCAUAAAUACCCAUUGGGUCACUUUGUUAGAGACCUGGGCGCAAUUGAAUCUGCUCAAGCUGAAACAGAAGCCUUAUUGCUGGAGCAUGAUGUCGAGUAUAGGCCAUUUUCCAAGAAAGUUUUGGAAUGCUUGCCCGCAGAAGGUCACGAUUGGAAAGCCCCAAUAAAGCUGGAUGAUCCUGAGGCUGUUUCAAAGGAUCCGUUAUUGACAAAAAGAAAGGACCUUAGAGACAAACUGAUAUGUAGUAUCGAUCCUCCCGGAUGUGUUGAUAUUGACGAUGCUCUACAUGCAAAAAAGCUUCCAAAUGGUAAUUGGGAAGUUGGUGUUCAUAUUGCCGAUGUUACUCAUUUCGUUAAGCCGAACACCGCCCUGGAUGCAGAAGGUGCCGCAAGAGGUACUUCUGUAUAUUUGGUGGACAAACGUAUUGACAUGCUGCCCAUGCUUCUAGGUACCGACUUGUGUUCUUUAAAACCAUACGUUGAUAGAUUCGCAUUCUCAGUCAUUUGGGAAUUGGAUGACAGCGCUAAUAUUGUAAAUGUUAAUUUUAUGAAAUCCGUUAUCAGAUCUAGAGAGGCUUUCUCAUAUGAGCAAGCGCAACUAAGAAUUGAUGAUAAAAACCAAAAUGAUGAGUUGACACUGGGUAUGAGGGCUCUCUUGAAAUUGUCUGUAAAGCUGAAGCAAAAGAGACUGGAGGCGGGUGCCUUGAACUUAGCUUCUCCUGAAGUUAAGGUCCAUAUGGAUAGUGAGACCUCAGAUCCAAAUGAAGUUGAAAUAAAAAAAUUGCUGGCGACAAACUCCUUAGUUGAAGAAUUCAUGUUGUUGGCUAAUAUAUCUGUGGCAAGAAAGAUAUACGACGCCUUUCCCCAAACCGCGAUGCUAAGAAGGCACGCAGCUCCACCAUCUACUAACUUCGAAAUUUUGAAUGAAAUGCUAAACACAAGAAAGAAUAUGUCAAUUUCGUUGGAAUCAUCCAAGGCCCUAGCAGAUUCUCUAGACAGGUGUGUGGAUUCCGAAGAUCCAUACUUCAAUACAUUGGUCCGUAUCAUGUCGACUCGCUGUAUGAUGGCGGCGCAAUAUUUCUAUUCUGGAGCUUAUUCCUAUCCGGACUUUAGACAUUACGGUUUAGCCGUUGAUAUCUACACACAUUUCACAUCACCUAUUAGACGUUACUGUGAUGUUGUAGCGCAUAGACAACUAGCGGGUGCCAUUGGAUAUGAACCCCUAAGUUUGACUCAUCGUGACAAAAAUAAAAUGGACAUGAUUUGCAGAAAUAUCAAUAGAAAGCACAGGAACGCACAAUUUGCUGGCAGGGCAAGUAUAGAAUACUAUGUGGGCCAAGUGAUGAGGAAUAACGAGUCUACAGAAACUGGUUAUGUUAUUAAGGUAUUCAAUAAUGGUAUAGUUGUGCUGGUUCCCAAAUUUGGCGUGGAAGGAUUAAUAAGAUUGGAUAAUUUGACUAAGGAUCCAAAUUCAGCUACUUUUGAUGAGGUGGAAUACAAAUUGACUUUUGUGCCUACAGAUUCACAUAAAUCAAGGGAUGUCUACGUUUUCGAUAAGGUUGAAGUUCAAGUUAGGUCGGUAAUGGAUCCAAUCACUAGCAAGCGUAAGGCUGAAUUACUGUUAAAAUAA